GGCGGCUGGAGCGUGCACGUUCUGCGGCGUUUUGGUGUCUCGGUCCGGGAGAGACCGACAGAGGAGGUGGAGUCCACGAGCCGUGCUUCAACUCCGCGGGACCAGGCGUGUGCUGCGAUGUUAACACGGAGCUGAAACCUUCCGUCGGCUGGCUCUGGUACAUGACAGCAUUCACUCGUCAUGGAGCUCCACAAAUUGGUGACCUUGUGGAUAUUUUGUUUGUGCCUCAUCAGUCAAAGUUGGGCUGAAAAGCAAAGUUCAGCAACACCGGAUAGCCAAGCUGUUGAAAAUGGGGUGUCAGAUUUUUGUCGCUUCGAUGAACCGCUAUGCAAGGACGAGAACGCCAUUCUCAGCUUUGAGGCUAUCCGUAGUAUCCACAAGCAGAUGGAUGAUGACGCCAACGGCAACGUGGACGUGGUGGAGACAGACGGCUUCCUGAGGGAAGAUCUAAACUACCACGACCCCAAGGCAAAGCAUAACAGCUUCCAUGGAGAUGACCAGUUCAUCAGUGUGGAGGAUUUGUGGAAUGCGUGGAAGGGCUCUGAAGUGUACAACUGGACAGUGGAUGAAGUGGUGGAGUGGCUCAUCACCUACGUGGAGCUGCCACAAUAUGUGGAAGCCUUUCGCAAAAUGAGCUUCAACGGAAGUGCCAUGCCAAGACUUGCUGUAAAGAACACUACACUGACACUCUCUAUUCUGAAGAUUCUGGAUCGCAGCCAUGUGCAAAAGUUGCAGCUCAAGUCAUUGGAUACUGUACUAUUUGGGGCCCCCCUGAUGAAUAGGCAUAACCACCUGAAGGACUUCAUGCUGGUAGUGUCGAUCGUCAUCGGGAUGGGUGGCUGCUGGUUUGCCUACAUCCAGAACCGGUACUCCAAGGACCACAUGAAGAAGAUGAUGAAAGACCUUGAGGGCCUGCAGAGAGCUGAGCAGAGUCUGCAUGACCUACAGCAGAAGCUGCAGAUAGCCCAGGAGGAACACCGCACAGUCGAGGUGGAGAAGGUCAACUUGGAGCAGAAGCUGAGAGACGAGAUCAGCACAGCCAAGCAGGAAGCCCAACGACUGCGAGAGCUGCGCGAGGGCACCGAGAACGAACUCAGCCGUCAGAAAUAUGCAGAAGAAGAGCUGGAGCAGGUGCGUAUGGCGCUGAAGAAAGCUGAGAAGGAGCUGGAGUCACGGAGCAGCUGGGCACCUCCAGAGUCUCUCCAGAAGUGGCUGCAGCUCACCCAUGAGGUGGAGGUGCAGUACUACAACAUCAAGAAGCAAAACGCUGAACGGCAGCUCCUGGUGGCCAAAGAGGGGGCAGAGAAGAUAAAGAAAAAGCGGAACACGCUCUUCGGGACUUUCCAUGUGGCUCACAGCUCCUCCCUGGAUGACGUGGACCACAAAAUAUUGGCCGCAAAACAAGCCCUCGGUGAGGUGACCGCUGCCCUGCGGGAGCGGCUGAAUCGCUGGCAGCAGAUCGAGAUCCUCACAGGCUUCACCAUCGUCAACAACCCAGGCCUCCCGUCACUGGCCUCGGCGCUCAACCUGGAUCCCAGCUUCAUGGGAGGCCGAGCGACGCCUCAGCACUUCAUCAUGACUGAUGACAUAGACGACCUGGAAGAGGAUAUCGUGCCUGGAACUCUGCAAUACGGCAACCGGCGGUUGGAACGGCGAGCCAGUGACCUGUGGUUCAUUGGUUCUGACGGUCAUCCUGUGUGGAAAUAUCCGGCUCCCAGUAUGAUGUCUCUGCGCCAACGCCACAUUGAUCCCCAGCUGGCCAUGGGCUCCCAGAGGUUGGUAGAGAGUUGCCUGUUGGCAGGGCAGCAGGGAGAGGGGACCCCCUACCCAUCCCGGUCUAGGUCCAACCUGAGACAGUCCCGCAGCCAGUCGUUCAGCCAGCUCGACUGUCUCCCCCUGCCGCCUCUCUCCUCGGCCAUUUCUCACCCGUCCAUCAUCUGUACCUCCAGCCCGAACCCUCAGCCCCUCUCGUCUCUGUCCUCUUCUUCCUCCUGCUUGCCAGGCUCUGUGGGUGGAGGUGCAGCCCCUCAUCCUUCCCAUAUAUAUCAUGCUUCUUUCCAGCCCAUGGACCCCAUUCCUGAUUUCUCAUUGUCUGACGUGUCCAAAGUGACGUCCAGCGACAGUCUCGGAGACCUAAACCGCUCAGAGUCCGACUCCUCGCUGUCCCUCUCCCAAGUUGGUGAUCGCCUUGCUGCCUACAGCUCAAAAGGCCACCUAAUCAAACCCACCUCUCUCCUUUACGGCCUCUCCGGCGACACCAUCUCGCUGCACGGUUACACCCCCAACGGAGGGAACCGCAUUCACGAGGGAGGCCAUGCGGACCUCGUACCCGAGAGCCCCAUUCUCAUGAAGAAGCUGCACGGCACGGAGAAAUCGCCCAGCCUGGGAGAGAUCAACAGCCUGUCGGAGUCGUCCCGCUCACUCAGCCCAAACUCCACCGAACCCGACACGCCAUCGCCCACGGGGGCCAUAGGGUUAAAAGCCAAUACACGCAUCCCGCAGCUGUCCUCGAAGAAGAGCCCCUUGGAGGAAGACAGCGGCUCGACAGGAGAGGACACAGAUUCUACCGCCAGCCGCAAGAAACACACCUUCAAGAUCUUCAAGAAACAGAAGAAAUAAGAGCUGCAUGAACUGCAGUUUGACUGUAUUCUUCAGUCCGGUGUGUUUAAACACACACACACACACACACACACACACACACACACAAUGGGUAUAAUAAAAUGGUCAAAUGAUGGCAUGAAGUGAUGCCAAAGCAUCUUUUUUUGUAGGUCACAGUCGUGCUCUGAAAGAGGGUGCAUUGUGGGUACAAGUGUCUAGCUUUAUCUGCUCUUUGGGUUAAAUGUUGAACAUGUGGGGAAUGGGUCAGUUUGUAUAUUGGAUUGUAAAGUAUUAUUUAUUCUGCAGGAUUUUGUGCCAGUCUGAAAGGGAAAAGUGUCUCCGACUUGGGUUUUCUUUCCUGUUCUACAAUCUAUAACAUUUUGCAUGUCACUUUUGUUUGGCUGUUACUCGAAUGCUCUUAGUGUUUGCUCUGUUCUUGUUGUUAACCUGCUUAGAAAACACUUGAUGUUUCUUUGAUUACUACCUAACCAUCUAGCCUACAAAUUCAAAGUGAAUACACACCUUUUCCUUUAAGUUUAACAGAUGGGUGCAGUGUUUUUUCUUCUUUUUUUUUUCUUUUUUUUUUUGUGUUUUGUUGUCUUGUUGGUGAAACAAAUUUCACCAUCAGGGGAUCUUCACACCUCAUUUCUGGCUGUUUAGGAAAUCUGUUACAUGUUGUUAAAAGUUUAUCAUUAGUACCAACCUCGUGUGAUUAAUACUCAACAGAUGUCACUCAACAUGUGACCGAAAAAACAAAAAACAAAGGUUGAGUAUUUUAUUGACUUUGGGAUAAACCAGGUCAGAAUAUAGUCUCUGUACAAAGUUUCUUAAGGACCAUCAAACUACAGCAUGAGCUGUUCUGCUUGAGGGCUUUUUAGGUUUCAGCGUGUGCAAGCAUGCAAGAGUGAAGGAUGCCAGUUCUGUCUGAAAUGUCUAGUUCAAGGUCAAGCUUAGCUGAUUUUGGGAAUAGUACAUCCCCUCACUCGACAAUGAUCAAAUUAUAUAUCUUUUUAGAGCAAAUUCUGUAAAUACCAAUGAAACCAUGUCAAAGAACUUUUAUCUAAUGUUUUUAUCAGAUUUAAAAAGGAGGCUGCACAUUUGAGAAAGUGAGCCAGAGCUGCUAUGUUUUUACACCCUGAAAAAGUAGGUUAACUUUUUAACAGUGAGACAGUAGCCCACUUUGUCUGUUUAAUGUCAAUUUGGUCAACAGGGUGCAAGUUUUACUUGUAUUUUGGCUUCUGCUGUCCUGUGUCUUGCUUGUUUUCCCCUUUUUAUUGUUUAAAUUUAGUCAGAAAAUGAAGUUGACAGCAGGCGGUCAGGGAGAAACUGUCAGCAAGGGCUAAAGUUACAAAAUAAAUCACAUGACGAAGACCCUCUGGUGAGCCACGUUGGAUGGAUGCUCGACAAGGCAGUAGACCAAUCGUAUAAAAGUGCCAAAUAGCUGUUUUCUGUCAGAGGCCUUUGCAUUUGUGGUGUGUUCAAUCCUUUUGAGCGUCUUUUACACACAAUUUAAAGCCGCAUGACGUACACAGUGCUGAAUGUCUAACGGUAUUGUCUCUGGAACAGUAUCACCAGUACAUCAUGUUUACGGAUAAUUGCUAUCCUCGGAUUACUACAACAAAGAACUUUGUGCCAGUUUUGAUGUUGACUGCUUCAUCCGAGCACAGAUCUAUGCAUCAGUAGUUGUAGAUAGAUGAAGCACUGGUAAACACACGUAGGGUGCUUCCUGAUUAUCGAACAACCAAAAAAAGUGCUGCAGAAGACACAGUCGGUCUCCCCCAGCCUCGUAAUGUAACCAGUGGUUCGGAUGUACGAGAACUGUUUUAAUAUGUUAGUUUGAAAACCAGCUUGAAAAAAAAAAAAGACAAUUUCCUACUGGUACUUUUUUAAAGUGUCAUUUGUACCUUUUUUGCACGCCAGAGCUGUAGAUUGGUGAUGCCAUUUGAAUGUGUGAGUGUGUGUGUAUGUCCGCUGCAAGUUUAAUGCACUGCGAUGUUGAUGCAUGUCAACCGUCAAGACGAAACCUGUACUGGGUCAUAAGAGUAAAUCAGCUUCAGCUCUUAAUUCUCCCACCUGGUGUUUCCUCCUUCUUUCUUUACCGCUUCUAUUUAUGGAUACAUACAAUAUAUUUGUACAGAGAAAAUGAUAAUUUUGCAUCUACUGUGGUGUUUAGACUUUGAUGGCACUCCUGCAUGAUAGCAAUAAACUAUUUUGAAUGAAA